UUCCCGUUUGCUCACUGAGAAAUCGAAGGAAAAGAAAAGGGAAAUUGAAUCUCGUAACAUUCAUCCCAAUUUUGGUGCCCUCCGUCUUAUCCGAUCGCUAUUUUUCUUUCCGUUUCUCGGCAACCAAUCGGAUGGCCCUAUCCUUAUUUCACAAUCAGCUAACUAUGGUUCUAUCCUUUCGUUCUUUUCGAAGAGAAGGUACACUCGAUCAUGGGGGGAGCAGAGCACGGUCAUGGAGAGGCCCAUGGAGAUUUCAGAACCAAGGUCUGGAGCAUGACUGGUGGGCCGUACUGUAGGCCCAAGCACUGGAAGAGGAACACUGCCAUUGCUAUGGCUGGUGUUUUUCUUAUCUGCAUCCCCAUCGCCAUGAAAUCUGCUGAGCUCGAGCAACGGCCUCAUCAACCUAUUCGUCCAAUUCCUUCCCAGCUCUGGUGCAAGAAUUUUGGAAACAAGGAGUAUUAGAAGCCUCAACAAUCAUCUAGUUACAAACAAUUGGUGAUGGUUGGACCUCUAUAUCUUGCAGUCUGGGAAAGCAUUCCUCUAUCUUUUUAUUGCAGAAAAUUUCAGCUGCCUCCUCAACUUGCUUUGCAUAAUGCUUUUUCAAGUUUGAAUGAUUGAAUCUACAACUUUAUUGGCUGGACUACUCUUAUUACCACAUCAUCCUCAUGAAAAUAAGUUACAAAGCCCCCUUGCUUCCAGUUUUCAUGAAAUAAAAUGUUGAAGAUGACAUUGUAAGUUUAAGUGAAACUUGUUCUCUGUUUCAA